AUGAGCGAUUCAGACCAAUGUUCGGACGCAUCCAGUGUACAUUCUAGUGUAGUGACUACUGCCGACGAUGGGAACAUGUAUGGGGGGGCGGGGGCGGCAGCGGCAGCCGUGGAAGAGCCCCCCAGGCGCACAUGGAGCAAUAUGGCGACGGCCAGCAGCGCCAGCGGCAGUACGGCCAGCGGCUGGGCCAAGGUAGCCUCGGCUGAUGCAGUCGACAAUCUGGACGACUUCCCGUCCAUCGGAGGAUCGCGAUCGAACAAUAAUCAAAACCGUCGAGGACGCGGAAGAGGACAAACCAACUUGAUUGGUGACUUUAGAAGUCUUCGAAUGGAUUGAACUCCAAAAUCCAAUUCCAUUUCAAAGAUCCAAAUUUUAUUAUUACAUUAUCAAAAUGUAAUGUUCAAUUUUAAUUUUUCAUUUUUAGUUAUAAUUGACAAUUACUUCGAAAAAAGCAAAUAUGCGUUUAUAUGCAAUAGAAAUAUAUGCCCAUUAAACUACGUCCGUAGAGGUGAAGUAAUAAUAUUAUAGUUCUAAUUCAUUCUUUUUCAUGUAAUUUGAUAUUCAGUUAUUGAUCAGUUGUGAAUCCUCAUGUCUCUAGUGAAUCCUUCAUGUUCCCAGCGUUUCAUUCAAUGUAUUUAACUCUUUGAUUUUUCAUUCGUUUUCAUGUAAGACAAAGUGGAUAAUUUAAUAUUCGGUUAUCAAUAAGUUGUCUUGUAAAAUAAGGCCCACUUCUAUCCAUGUUAAAUAUGUAUUUUUUCAUCUAAAAUAACAAUAAUAUUAUCAUUAUUAUUAUUUAUCUAGAAGUUAUAAUAAUUUUGAAUGUACGUAUUGUAAAAAUACCAUUGAUUUGUAUCAAGCGUUCAUGUGCAAUUUGUUAUCGAUUUCAGUGCUUAUUAUUGCUACACGCUGUUAAGAAAGAAUGUUAAAAAUUUUGAUUUAUAUAAGUGUAAAUUUUCUACUUAACAAAGGAUAUGUUUUUUUAAUGACGAA